AACUGUAUGUGAGCCUGCUUUACCUGCACCAGAGGCACCAAGCAGCUCUCUACUCAAUGACCUCAAAUACUGCCCAUCAGAGGAAGAGGAGGUGACAUACACAGUCAUUGAUCAGUUCCAGCAGAAGUUUGGUGCUGCGGAUACAGAGGCAGGUGGGUCUUUGAGGUUGAGGCCAGCCUGGUCUACAGAGUGAGUUCCAGGAUAGCCAGGGCCCUCUACACAGAAGCCCUGUCUUGAAGAAAGGAAAACAACAACAAAAACAGAAGCUGGGAAGAUACCUUAAUCAGCAAACUGCUUGCUAUGUAAGCGUGAAGGCCUGAGUUUGGAUCUCCAGCACCGAGGUAAAAGCAGGGAGCAUGCAGGCCAGUACCCUCACUGCUGAGGGGGCAGAGAUAGCAGAUUCCUGGGGCUGCUGACCAUCUAGUCUAACUGUAUCAAUGAGUGCCAUGUUCACUGAGAGCCUGCCUCAAAAUGUAAGAUGGGAAGUGACUGAGGGCACCAGACAUGGAUCUCUGUCCUUCACAUGAAUGUGUACACACAUACUCACAAGUGAACAUGUACACACACACACACAUACACACACACAUACACAUAGGUGAUCUAGGCUAGGUGUUUGGUACAUUCUUAUAAUCUGUGUACUUGGGGAUUAGAAACAGAACAAUCAGGAGGAUAAGACUACUUUAGGCUAUGAGGCUUAGUAGGAUGCCAGACUGAAGGUAUAUAAGACCCUCUUUUUUUUUUUUUUUUUUUUUUGAGUCAUGGUUUCUCUGUGCAGCCCCAGCUAUCCUGGAGCUUGCUCUGUAGACCACCCGGGCCUUAAACCCAGAUCUGCCUGCCUCUGCCUCCCAAUUGUUGGGGUUAAAGGUGUGUACUACCACCGUGACCUUUCUCAACCCGCCCCCCAAACCCAGUAUUUAUCACUCAGGUUAAAUUUUGAGGUUGGUAGCCUCAAAUAUCAUGAAAUCUAGAAUUAUGGUCAAGUCCUGAUUGAGGUAUCCUGUGUGCUUGGUCCAUCUCACCCAGCAGUCCUAAAGUUGUUGUGGAUGUUGGAUUACCUGGACCACUAUUUCAAGGGGUUUUAUUUGAUUAAACCAUGUUAGCUUGAAAGGAAUCCACAGCUUCUCAUCUUCUAUGGAAACAAAAGCAGAACCUCUUUUCCAAAGCAACAUAUCCUUAGACCCAAAUUCUGAAGUCAAGAUACCUUUAAAAUAUAUGUUAGUUUAGCUUAGCAACCCCUACAAUCAAAUGUGUCUUUGUAGUUAGUGCAUUAACAGUCAAAAAAUUCAAGGAAAACACAAUAGUAUACAUAUCCAGACUCUGUGUAUUUUCCAUCUUUAUAUGGCCCAUUGUAAUUUCUUUUUACUUUAUGUCUUCUUUAAGGACCUCAGUUUAUUAUCCUUAAAUUAUUGUUUUUAUCCUUGACUGUCUAUCCUCUGUCCUCUCUCUCCCAAGCCCAGGCACAUUUAUCAAACACACUGUGAUGCUUUUUUGUCUGAAUCUGUUCUUAUUGUGUAUCUGUAAUCCUUUUGUGACCAGGAGAGUAUUUUAAAAUGCUAAACAGGCUUGGCUAGGACUAAAGCAGCUGACUCCACCCCAUUCCUUGACUUCCUGAGAGUCUAGUUUCAUAGUGUAGGUACUGGCAGGAGCCAUUUGUAUCACCCCACCUCUUGGGGUGUUUUAGGUCCAUGCUCCAUAUAAGUGUUUGGUAUCAGGGAAUCUUAAAAGAGCCAUGCGCUUUUUGCUAGUAAAAAGCUGUCUCUUAAAGGAGCCAUGUCUCUUCUUGCCUCUAGCAAACAGAGCCCACUUGAGAAAAUGCUGCUACCAAGAAGCUGUGCUUAACUCUGUUGUUUUAUGUUUAGAAUCCCUUUUUAAGCUUUUGUCAGGUUUUAUGUGGAAAUUCUUGCCAAAUGUUUGGGUGCCACAUGUAGUUACACGUUUUUCUCUGUCUGGCCGAGUUCCACUGGACCAGUUUCUCUUCCACCUGCUAGUCUUUGCAACCACUUAUGAAAUAAUAACUCAGAGGCUAAUGAUGCUCCACAUCAAGAAACAAAGUGUCCUGAGUGUGGCUGCAGAAGGAACUAAUGUGUGUCGCCAUGGGAAACUCUGUUGGCUUCAGGUGGCCACAAACAGCCGAGUUUACUUGUUUGAUAUUUUCCUUCUGGGAAGUCGUGCUUUCAACAACGGACUCCAGAUGAUCUUAGAAGAUAAGAGAAUCUUAAAGGUCAUCCAUGACUGUCGAUGGCUUUCUGAUUGCCUGUCACAUCAGUAUGGAAUCAUGCUGAACAAUGUCUUUGAUACGCAGGUAGCAGAUGUCCUUCAGUUUUCCAUGGAAACGGGUGGUUUCCUUCCGAACUGUAUCAGUACUUUGCAGGAAAGUUUAAUCAGACACCUUAAAGUUGCGCCUAAAUACCUCUCCUUUUUAGAAGAGAGACAAAAACUUAUUCAGGAAAAUCCAGAAGUAUGGUUGACAAGACCUCUUCUACCCCCUUUAUUGAAAAUCCUGGCCUUGGAAACAACCUACUUGCUUCCACUCCGCUUGGUACUCUUAGAUGAGAUGAUGUCAGACUUAACCACACUGGUGGACGGGUACCUGAACACCUAUCGAGAAGGUUCUGCAGACCGACUUGCAGGCACAGAGCCUGCAUGUAUGGAGCUGCCAGAAGAGCUACUUCAGCUCCAGGACUUCCAGAAGCAGCGGCGAGAGAGAGCUGCCAAGGAGUACAGGGUGAAUGCGCAGGGUCUCCUCAUAAGGCCCUUGCUGCACCCAAAGAAGCCAGGGACUCGCACAGCAGGGAAAGAGGACCGAGUCAAUGGCUUUUUAUUUUGUAAAACUUCUGGCGUGGACAAAGCUCCACGCUUUCUAUGUCAUGAAUCUCAUCUCAAAGAUGAGAGUUUUUUGGAUAAAGCAUCUAAACAAACCACAGCAAAGUCUCAUAUUCUGCCUCCCAUGAAGGAAGGCAAAGCCAGUGAGGAUUCUGAGGACAAACCAGUAUGUUGGGAGUCAACAGGGCCAGAAGACCUGAGAACCCAGAAAGCUUGCUCCCUGACUCCCACACAUGAGCUGCCAUCACAUUUUUCUUUGAAAGAGGAGAUAGAGCAGUUGCUGAUGGUAGAAAACAAGGGAGCUUUACAAAGCCCAAAUGAAGACACUUUGGUGUCUCCUCUUCCUCAGGAAACGUGGGUGACACCAAGUAACACCUUCCAUCUUCCCGAAAAAGCUAUGAUUUCUACACUCCCACCCUGCCCAGCCCUGGAGAAGACAGAUUCAUGGAUAAGUCCCUCUCCCAAUCUGUUUUAGGACUUUAGGUUUGCUGAGGCCAUGAAGGGGACUCAUCUGCUCUGCCAACAGAGUCUGUGUGAGUUCCUCCUGGGGUAGGGUGGGUUAGGUCUCAGCCACAGGCUUCUGGGAAAAUGAUAGCCUUUGGCUUAGUGCUUCGUCCUGGUGUCUGGAUUAGAAUGGAAGGAAUAAGUGAAAUAAUGGACCAAGUCAAAGUUCUGAUUCUGUCAGUAUAUGCAGAAAUAUUCCCUGAGUAAUUAAUUCUCAUAGUUUAGGCUUAGAUGAUUUAAAGAAGUGAAAAUGUUUGGGCUCAGUGUCUGGGAGGAUUUAGUGUAGGGAGAUUGUGGACAGCUCCUGUGAAUGGUAGAGCUAAUACAGCCUGAACAGGUCAUGGCUUCAGUCUGCGGUAUCACCAAAAAACAAAAGUUGUAUUUUUUAUCUGUUUGUUUGGGCUCAGUUUGGUUUUUUGGCCUUUAGAGUGAAAUUAAUCUAAAAACCCUACUUCUAGGUUAAAAAAUGGAUAUCAUCCAAUUUCAUCAGCACUUUUCUCCUUAAAAUAUUACUUGAAUUGUGAAUUUUUGUGUAUUGUAGGCAGAGAAUAAGUAAUGCCAUUAUAGGGUUCAGUCUCUCAAUUUUCUUUAUAUUUCAUUAACCUUAAGGUUUUGUUCAUUUUCCUAGCAGAGCAGGGGUGCUGGUUUCUUUGUUGUUGCCCCUUGGUGUAAAUGUAAAAUCUGAGUCCAUGGUAUCUGCACAGAGAGAAAGAAAAACGGCUGGAAAGGGGGGUAUUUGUGUUGCUCAGAGUCACUCAUUAGUCUUUUGUGUAAAACAACCAAUAAACCUGCUUUGGCAUAAA